AUGAAACUAAGCUUGCUUUUAGAAAACUGAAACCAGAAAGAGGCCAAGGGAUUCUUCUUUCCAUUCCAGCUUCAUUUGAAUGCUCUUGCUGGCCCAGCCCUCCCCAGGUAAAGACACUCCUUAUUCACUUCACAUAUAGUGACUGCUUAUUGGGGAAAUGUCCAUUUGCCUUUGGAGGAAGCAGCAAAGAAGUGGGACAGGACUAAAUGCUUUGAUUCUACCACUUCCUCUGUGACCCCAGACAUAAAACUUGUCCAAUAAGCAGAUUGGUAAAUCUCCAAUUUGGGGCGGAGCGGAGAAGUGGGGAUUUUUCUCCCUUCGUUGCAAGGAAAGGGCCCCUGAUUCAGUCAUUUUGAGAAGAAACAUAUGUCUCUGGAUGGAGAAAUACUGGAAAAUACUUCUAGCCGUCCUGGCUAUUCUGUUGUUUAUCUUGCUGGUGCCCCUCGUGGUUUUCACCAUCAGGGCCAACUCAGAAACCUGUCUGAAGGGCUUUGAGCUCCAGAACAAAAGCCAGCGCCUGGAGGAGAAGCUGAGGCAGAGCCAGGAAAGCCUUCGGGAAUGGGAGACUCACUGGUGGAGCUGCAGCAAUGUCUCGAAAGACCUGAAGAAGGACCUGGAGGAGCUGACAUCCCAGAGAAACUUGAUGCUGAGUCAGUUGCAGGAGCUGAAGGGAGAGAACCAGGACUUGGCUGAGAAACUUAGGAAUGCAGAGGCAGCCCUGCAGCUGGAGAGAGAAAAAAAGAACCCAGAUAAGACAAAUUCAGCGCUCCUCGGCCCUCAGAUCUCCAAACUUCUGGUUUUAGGUCUGGUUAUCACCUUGUUUCUCUGAACAUCCUGAGCAAGGCACUUCCUAACUUCUUGGAGACUUCUAAGCUCUGGUUCCUGAUAUUAUUUCCUGAAAGGACAAGCCAUGAGGUUGAUCAGGAACAAAAAUUCUGGGUGGUCUCAUGACAUUUAAGACUGUUUUCUCUCACCACCUGGUUCUAAAGUUCCAGAGUGUGGAAUGCUAGGAUGAGAGGAGAGAAGUAGGGGGUGGGGGUGGGGAGCUCUCUGGAAAAGGAGAAGAAGAAGAGGGAUGGCUUUGAGGGAGGGUGAAGGAAAGGGCUCUGAUAUGGAGCAGGCACUGGGAACAGGAUGCUGGGUCCUCAGUAGGAGUAGGUAAGGGGAGGGGCUAGGGAUUGAGAUCUUUAAAAUAAAAGAUGACUACUGUUCAAAUUUUCUGAUCCUUUUUAGAAAAUGGGGAAGAAAAGAGCUGAGAGGAAAUGGGAGAGAGGGCAGGGUAAAGAUUUAGCUUUCCUCAGACCUUUGUCCUUCCUUAUCAAAGUACAGUCUCCUCUUGGGAGGUUUUGUGGUAUCAUAGAAAGAAUGCUGAAUUUAGACCUGAGUUCAGACCCUCUCUCUGAUACUUACAAAUACUUAAUUUCUUUGGAUUUCAGUUUCCUUGUCUGUAAAAUGAGGAGAUUCAACUAGGUUUUUCUUCAAUUGUAGACAUAUGAAUAUAUGAUCUUGUGACCAAAGUCAGAGAGAAUGGAGGAGUCAAAAUGACAAAGAGAAGAAAAAAAGAAAAAAAGAAAAAAAAACAACCUUUUGUCAAUAUAACUCUUCCACACCAGCUUAGACAACCACCAGAUUGAAUUCCAAUUGGGAAAGCUGUUUUUAAAAAAUCACAAUGUGUUAUUUUUCCAGCCCAUAGCAAGUUAGAGAGGUAGAAAGAUUUAUCUAAGGCAGGGGAUGGCUAUGAAUGUGGGUUGGCAGUGAGGCUUAGGAGACAACAUUUUGGAACCACGGGAAAGAAAGGGAGCCAAGACUCAGUACCAAAGCAGGAGACACCAGAGUAGAAAAACACAGGAAAAAAAGCAGGUAAUAUCUGAGCUACCACUGGGCAUUGGGAUGGCUGUCAUUUGACAUUUGUGUUGCCCAUUACCUACUUCUGGAUCACAGAUCCAGGAUGAAAAAAAAAAACAAAACACAAAUGAGCUGGGCCCUCAAAUCAUAAGAAAUAUUUCUGCCUGCAUAAACAAGUGGGAGUAACUCCCACACAGAUCCCUCCUACCCAGUCCCACUAAGAAACACCUACUAUGUGCAAGGAAGCACUGUGUUAAGGAUACAAGUCCACAAAAAGUGAACAGAGCUUUGCUUUCUAGAAGUUUAUAUUUUACUAACUCUUCCCCUUCCCAAUACCUUGGGAGAACAUGGAAGGAACAUUGUUCCUUCAGAACUCAUAGCUCAGUGGCAAAUGUUUGAGAGAAGCAUAGCAGCAUGAUGCAUAGAGGACUGAUCUUGGAGUAAAAAUUAGUCAGUCAACAAGUUGAACACAACAAGAAAACCAAAGUUCAAAUCCAGUCUAACUGUGUAGGCUAAAUUGUUUAAUCUCUUUUUGCUUCAAUUUCCUCAUCUGAAAAUAGAAAUAAUAAAGGUUGUGAGAAUCAAAUGGGAUCACAAAGUGCUUAGUACAGUGCCUGAAAUAUAGUAAGUGUUAUAUAAAUGUUAACUAUUAUUAUUGUCAUCAUCAUGUGCCGUACUAAGUGAUAGGGAUAUGACGAGAAACAGUUCUUGUCCUCAAGGGCUAUAUAUUCUAAUAAUAGAUACAAUAUGUACUUAUAUACCAAACACCUAUAAACUAAAAUACAGAGUAACAUUAGAGGGAAUAAUAUUUAUAAAGGACUUAGCACAUUGUCUAGCAUAUAAAGGUACUAAGUAAAUAUGUGUUUUUUCUCCUCUUUCCCACCCACUGAAAUGGAGAUGAUAUUCUCGUUUGUGACUGGAGCAGAUGCUAGCAUGUCAAUCUUAGGGACAGUGUCUGAAGUUUUCAUCUUGUCUCUUUUUACCUUGAAACCGAUAGGUAUCUCUCUGUCAGUCAGCUGUCUGAGUGCUACCCCCUCCUCCCUACUCUUGAGUCUGUCAGUCAACUAGCAUUUAUGAAGCAUCUCCUAUGUUCCAGCCCUUUGUACUAAGUGCUGAGAAUACAAACAAGACAGUUUUGGGGCUGGCCAAGAGCAGGGAAUUUCUGCUAGGCUCCACCCAGUCCUCCUCCCUUCUUCUGCCCUCUUCUUGAGUCAGGAUAGAAAAGAAGCUCUGGGGCUGCCCUAAACUAAUGAAACACAUCUGUCUAAUUGUCACACAACAGAAGUGACAGAAUGACUUGCUGAAUCAGAGGCAGGAAGCAAACAGUUUUCAAUUCCCUUUUUUUAGAUUUGCCACCUGUUAUAAGAAUUCUUGGAUUAUUGACAACAAAAUAGUGACUAAUAUGGUCAACUGAACUGUAACCUCUAACCUGUGGGUUUCUGUAUCUGAACAAAGCAGGAGAGAGACAGAACAGUCAGAAAGCAAACAGAAGUCUAAUUUGAAAAUGAGGAAAAAAGGUUUGCAAAUCCAAGUCUUCCAGAGAAGGAGAGCUUGUGGCUUGUAAUGGGGAUAGAGUUUUUAAUCCUGCAAACCACAAAAAAACAUAAACCAACAGCCAUUCUUAGAUCCUGAAUAAUCAAUUCUUUUGUCAGGCCCACCGCAGGCAAUUUGGGGACAAUACAGAUAUGCAAAGCAUGUGUGGGAACAGUCUCUAAGGUAUUAGAAUCAUUGAGCCUUGUAAUUAUCACAAGUCAUAAGGGUGGUUGACUUUCAAUCAUAACCAAAGUGUGGUUGGAACAGAAGUAUAGACUCUGGUUUAAUUCACUUAGCAGUUACAAAUCCAGGAAUUGUUCAUUGUCAAGAGGUGAUUAAUCACUUUUUGGUGCAACAGAAAGUUGCUUUUGGAUGCUUCUGGAUCUCAGGUCCCUAGGAAAUAGGGAAACUGUGAUAAUUGGAUGGGGGGUUAGUUUUCACAGAGUUAUGAAUUUAAAUCAGAAAAAUGAAAUUGAAACCUAAAAAAUGAAGGUUAGGCUAACUAGGAACAAGAAAAGAAAACUAAUGGAGGGGAAAUGUAAUGGGAUGGGGACUUAGACUUGCAAAUGGAGGGAAAAAAUAAUCUGAGGGGCACUUAGAAUAAGAAACAUUAUGCAAAACAUAUUAGAGGUAGAGACUCACAAGUAGAAGGGAAGAUGUAAUUAAGAACUUAUACUCAUGUAGGAGAAAAUGCAAUAAUGUAAUCACUGGUGGGGAUUCAUACUCACAUAAGGGGAUGCUCAUACACUCAGGAUAGGCUGUAACCUCUAUAGUACACAGUCAGUGGGGAAACAAGAGAGAGACUUGUGUUUCUGAUUACCAGUAAUAAAAAAAUAUGUCUAUUGACUCUAA